AAAAAAAAAUAACUUAAUUUACAAUUUAAUAAUGUAACUUAUCGUGUCGUGUCUAAUUAACAUGAUAGAAUAUAAUAUAUGAAAGUAAACACUUACUGCAAUAGUUAGCAAGACAGUUAAAAGAGUUGAGGGUUGAAGUGGUUUAAUAAAAUCGUUACAAUACUUCCUUGUUUUUAUAAGCAACAUGAAGGAUACUAAAAUGAGUUCCCAUCUAUCGGGGGGCAGACUAAACGUGGCUUUAGUCCAAGAGACCAUGAGAAAGGAUUUAUUAAACCUUCUUCAGAUGUGUGAGGGUCCAAAAAUAACUAUUUGGGAUGAGUGGCUAGCGGGUCCUGUAGGUCUCGUAGCACAGUAUUCCUUGCUCAAGGAACAUGAAGUAGCUGAUAUGUUUUUGUUGAAGCCGGGAAGCCUGCCCACUAUUUCUGUGAAACACAUAGUUUUCAUCGCUAGAGCUAAGCUUGCAUUGAUGGACUUGGUUGCUGAUUAUAUUAAUUCCCUCAGAUCCAAGCAAACCUACCCAGUAGAGUUCCACCUGUUCUUCGUGCCGCGGAGGAGUGAGCUUUGCGAGAAGCACCUUGCGAACCGAGGAGUCCUGGCCAGCCUCACCAUACAGGAGUUUAAGUGUGACAUCUUCCCGUUCGACAGUGAUGUCAUGUCUUUGGAGCUGCAGAAUGAUUUCAGGGAAAACUAUUUAGAAGGUGAUCCAACCUGCGCGUACCAAUCUGCACUCGCGUUACGCACGAUACAACAUCUGUACGGCAUCAUACCGCGCGUGUUUGGAAAAGGAGUCGCUGCUAAACAAGUAUGGGACCUGCUAUGUCGGCUAAACAAGGAAGAGCAAGGCGCUUCAAAGGGAGCCUCUACAUCUUGUAUAGAUCAGCUGCUGUUGCUCGACCGCGCUGUGGACUUCACUAGCGUCAUGACCACGCAGCUUACAUACGAGGGGCUUAUAGACGAGCUAUUUGGCAUCAAAGGCUCAACGGCGACAUUCCCCGCGCACAAGUUCAUGAGUUCUGAAGAGGCAAGCACCACCGAAAUUAAGGCGGGAGAGAAAAAACGCAUCAUUCUCAAUUCGGGGGAGGAACUGUUUGCUGAGCUACGGGACUGUAACUUUAUUGCGGUCGGCGCAGCGAUAUCGAAGAAAGCUCGCAUAAUUAAAAACGAGCUAGACGAACGGCACCGCCACCACGAGAAGUCAGUCCAGGAAAUCAAGCAUUUCGUCAACCGACUGCCUCAGAUGCUGGCCACCAAGCAGUCAGUGUUCACUCACACGGCCAUCGCUGAGUGUAUCAAGGAGACAACAGACUCAUUCGAGUUUCAAGACACGAUACGGUGUGAGGAAGACUUCCUGACCUGCAUUGAGAACGAAAAAGCGUGUCCCUACAUUGAAGAUCUCAUCGCUCAGAAAGCACCUCUCACUAAGGUCCUUCGCUUGAUCUGCCUCCAGUGCGUGACCGGCUCCGGUCUCAAGCCAAAAGUACUGGAAUACUAUAAAAGAGAGCUAGUCCAAGUAUACGGUCUCAUGGCGUGGCUCACUCUCUGCAACCUGGACAAGUGUGGACUACUGAAGGCACAGUCGGGCGCGAGGCAGUAUGCAGUAUUGAGGAAGACGCUACAUCUGACUAUGGACGAGUCAGAGCUCGACAGCAAGGAUAAGAGCUACUUGUCAAGCAAAUAUACACCUUUGACCGUAAGGCUUAGCGAGCAUAUUGCCAAGAACAAGGGAUGGACUGGAAUCCAGGACAUGCUAGGUCUCCUCCCAGGCGCUACAAUAGACGAGCUCCAAACCCUACAACCACGAAGUGCGCGUCGCAACUCCUCGUCUAGCGAAACUUCAUCCUCCCUUGAAAGUCCUCGAGUGGUCCUAGUAUUCUUCAUUGGGGGAUGCACGUACCAUGAGAUCUCAGCGCUUAGGACUAUUAGUAUGAUGGAGGAUUCUAAUGUUGAGUUUGUGGUGUUAACUACUAAGUUGAUCAAUGGUACCAGUUUUAUAGAGUCACUUAUGGAGGUGGAGUAACUUAACUCUAAGCGUCCAUAGCGGCAACAUACUUGUUUAAAACAUAAACGCAUCUCUACAAUAAGAAUUACGGUUCAAAAUCGAAUGACUAGAAAGGAAUGUCAAAUGGUUUAAGGGUUAUAACCAACAACACCCUUUUUCAAGUCGUUGCAUCUCUACUAUCGAUCAUCAGCCAAACGCAGGACUCAUAUUAUCGACGUGGUGUGUGAACAAUAACUAAUAGUCCACCACUUUCGAUUGAGAUGGAAUAAAUUUGCUUUUUUUUAUAUGGCGUAAUUUGUUUGCUAUAAGAUAUAUCCGGGUAAUUUCGAAAAUUGACUAAUAUGGUGGAAGUAUAAUAUGUGUUUUUCACCUGUCAUUCAAAAUUAUUCUAAAUACCCCAAUACACCUUAAUUAUCAUUAUGUUAUUAUUUAAAUGUUAAAUAUUUUAAACUAAUCUAAGGCAGUGCCGGAUUAAGCCAGCGCGGGGCUUGUAGCAAAUUCUAUCAUGGGGCCAUGUUUUAAUUUUGUCGGGCGAAGUGAGCUAAGUGAAACUUAGGUUUUUACGGCCACAAUGCGUAGGUGCGCGGGGCCCUCGGCAUUUGCUACUUUUGUCACGUGGCCAUAACUGCCAUAAGCCAUCAUUUAUUAGGGCUACUGGCAAAUGAUUGUGUAUGGCAUACAACUCAAUAUAUCAAGUGUAUCAGCUAUAGGUAUAGUCUAAAUGCAAUGAAAUUAUUCCUUUAGUGCCAUUUGCUGUAAAAUGUGAAUCUUAAAGAAUGGCAUGUAUGUAUUACUAUUUAAAUUAAGAUUAUGUUAAGUAUACCAAAGUUGUUUGUUUUUGUAUUUUAGAUAUAUUUACCUAUACAUAAUUAUAUUGCUUGUUCAUAUGGAACUGUAUAAAAAAAUAAACUUCAUGAAAUAUUUGUCAUUUGUUUAUUAAAAUUUCAUAUUGAUUAACUUGCAUAUAAUAUACUUUGAUCAGUUUCAUUAAAUAAUCAUACAAAAAUCCUGCAUGCUUACUACCUAUAUUUUACAGUAUUAAAGCUUUAGCGUAACAAAAAUAAUUUCGUACACCAUUCACCAUGUCCUUAACUAUUCUCAUAAAUAUUCGUUACUCGUGUAUUUUGUUAUAUUAGACUUCUUUGGCAGUGCCACACUGA